GACGGGGGGCGGAGAAGAACCAGGACCCCUGGGUCCCUUCCUACCUGGUUCCCGCCUUCUCCCCCAUGCCGCCCGUUUCUGCCGCCUUCCUCUUCUUCUUCCUCCUCCUCCUCACUGCCGGGGCUGCUCCAGACCCGAGUCCGGGCUGCAGGGCGGAGCGGACCACAGUGAAGCCAUGGCUGGCCUCCGGGCCGCGGUCACGUGGGCACCUCCGCAGCCAAUGGCAGGGCGCGCACGGGAGCUGGUUGAGGGAGGGGGGAGGCGAAGACGUCACCGGGAGAGCGGGACGCUGCAACAGGCAGAUAAGCCCCCCCCGCGAGACGGCACCGGUUUGCAAAAAGAGAAAGUGUGGGCGCGCAGCCUCCCUCGAGCAUAUACAGAGUGCCACCCUCCCCUCGCUUGUCGCAAGAGGUUCCGACGGGGCUGCAUCCCCUACUCUUCCUCAGGCGGGUUUGAGUCCCGGCACUUUUCGCUGUAGAGGCGAGGCUCCGGGGCUCAACCCUGCCUGUUCAGCUCCGGCCACAUGCGCACGUCCCUCUCUGUACAUGCUCAGGGCCCCCCGCGUGUCCUGGCUGGGGUGCCGGGCAAAGAGCGGGCUCUCCGGGGAGCAGGAGCGAAUAGCAGCAAUUCACCAUCGCGCGCGGGGGGGUUGGGGGUCUUUUUCACCCCCUCCCCUCUUGUGAAUUCAGCUGCCGGGGGGAGGCGCUCCGCUUGGAGAGCAAAUGGCAGCUUCAAGGCGCCAUUCUCCCCCGGAGCCAUUCCUCCCCCCCCACCGGGGUCUCUUUCCGCCGCCGCCCCCCCUCCAGUUUCCCGGCAUGCCUUGCUGGCAGACAGGGGGUGGGCCGGGGGUGUCUCCAGCCUUGCCUGUCUGUGUGCGCAGGCGCCGUAGCCACCUCCGAGGGGGCGGGCGAAGCAGCGUUGCUCGCGAUGGCGGCGGCGCUGGGGGCUGCCGCGGGGGCGACGCCGUCCUCGGGGCGGCUGGUGCUGGAGACCUUGGCCGGGCUAGUGCGGGAGGGCAGCGGCGGGGGCCAUGGAGGCCCCCCCCUAGCGCCCUCCCGCGGCUUGGCCGGGCUGGUCCGCUGCGCCAGGGAGAGCGGCGGGGGCAGCGCGCAGGCAUCGCCCACCCUCGGUGGGCUGGUGAGCGUCAGCAGCAUCCGGCUGGGCUCCAUCAAAACCCGGUUUGAGGGACUCUGUCUGCUCUCUCUGCUGGUGACGGAGAGUUCUACCGAAGUGUUCAGCCAAAACUGCUUGAGCUGGUUGCGGAGCCUGCAGCACCUCAUCCAGUCUCAGGAUCCGCCCCCCACGAUGGAGCUGGCUGUGGUGGUCCUCCGGGACCUGCUGGAGUUUUCCUGCCAGAUCCCUGAACUGGCGCGAGACAUCGGCAUCAACCACAUUCCUGGACUGCUCACUUCUUUGCUGGCCCUCAAACCUGAGUGCCAGAUUUCCACCCUGGAGGGAAGCAAAGCAUGCAUGACCUUUUAUCCCCGGGCGUGUGGCUCCUUGCGAGGUAAAUUGGCAGCCUACAUCCUGGCCCACGUUGAUGCAGAAACGCCCCACCUGCAGCAGCUGGCCUGCGAAUGCUACGCACUCUUGCCCUCUCUGGGCGCCGGUUUCACUCAGGGGCUCAAGUACACAGAAUGCUGGGAGCAACAAGCCCACUGCCUUCUGGCCACGCUCCACAGCAUGCUGGGGACACUCUAUGAGGGUGCAGAGACAGAUCCCCUCCCUUACGACGGGCCUGGUGUGGAGAUCCCGCUGUCAGCGCCAGAGGAUGGAGAGGUGAACUUCAUCCUUCAUCUGAAGCACCGAUUCUCAGGACUGGCAAAAUGCCUCUGCAAGAUGCUAAGUAACGAGUUUGUGGCUCCCGUGACUGUCCCUGUUCAAGACAUCCUGGACCUCAUUUGCCGAGCUCUCAAUAUCUCCACGAAAAACAUAAGCUGGUUCGGGGAUGGGCCUCUCCGGAUGCUGCUCCUGCCCUCCAUCCACCUGGAGGCCUUAGACCUCCUCUCUGCUCUCAUCUUGGCGUGUGGUCCCCGCCUGGUCCGGUUUGGGGGCACCCUCUGCCGCUUGUUCCCGCAAGUCCUGAGCAUGUGGAGCAGUGGCCGAGAGCUCUUCCCCCAUGGACAGGAGCGGCCUUACAGUGCGGUUCGGACUCGGCUUUAUGAAGUCCUGGAUCUCUGGAUAAAGAUGGCUGGGGUGGCCUCUGGCAUCCUGCUGGGGCCCAGGACCCAAACUGAGGCUCUGCUGGGUCACCUGAUCAGCGACAUCAGCCCCCCAGCUGACACGCUCAAGUUGCGGGAGGCCCGGUCUGGCUCUGACGGGAAGCCCAGCGCCCCAAAGAAGGCCAAGUUGUCUGAUGUGGGGAGUUUGGGGGCUCUGCACCACAAGCACGACCCCUGGGCCAACAGCAACGUCUGUCUGGCGGCCUUGCAAGGUCUGAGCCGUGCCGUCCUCCUCACCGGUAGCCUCAUGAAAGAGCAACUCCACAAGAGGCUGCAUGAGCUGGUGGUCCCGCUGCUGAUCCGGCUGGGCCAGGCCGAGCCCCUGCCCGGCUCUCCAUAUGCCAGUGCUGGCUGCCGCCGGGAGCUCUACCACCUCCUCCUCUCCCUGGUCUUGGCUCCAGCCCCCUCCUGGCCCCCUCCUCUCCAUUGCGCCCUGCGCCUCCUCAGCCAGGGCCGUGCGGACCCCAACCUUCAGGUUUCUUCCUUCUGUGCGGAGGCCUUGGUGAUCUGCAAUGCCCUCCUGCACCCCCGGGUGCCAUCCUUGCAGCUCCCUCUGGCUGGGCCCUCUGCCCCCCCGCCAGGCUCCUCCGAGAUCUCCCCUGCCCUCGCCUCGCCCUUCCGCCCAGCCCCCCCUCUGCCCUUCCCAGCCCACCUGCUCCUCCUUCCGCCAGCGUCUCCUUCUUCAGCUCCUCCCUCUGUGGCCAACUCACUGGGGCUGCCUCUGCCCGGCUCGGCCUUGGCCCAGCUCCCUCCUCGCCUGACCCCCGAGGACCCCGCCUUGCCCCCGUCCCCCAGCACAGCAGAAGCAGCAGCGCUGGCAGCGGGAGCCAAGAUGCGGCGCUCGGUCUUCAUCCACUACGAUAAGGAGGAAGAGGAGGAUGUGGAGAUCUCCCUGGAGAGUGACUCCGAUGACAGCGUUGUCAUUGUGCCCAAGGGCCACCUGGGGAAGAUCUCAAACAGCACCAGCACUGUGACGGUGGCAGCAGCGGUGGUGGCGGCGGUGGCCCCAGUGGCCCCUCCUCCUCCAGUCCCCCUGCCGCCCCCAGCACCACUGGCCAUCCCUGCCUCCCCUCCCCCAGCCCCUGAGGAGGCCCCCUUGGAACCAGCCGCGUUGCCUCUUUCCCUGGUGGCCCCUCCGCCCCCUCCCUCCGCAGUGCUGGCGCUCCCAGGUUCCCCAGCCCCUGCGGCCAGCGACCCCCCGUUCCCUGCCUUGGUGGAGGAGGACCCCACAGUCAUCAACAUCAACAGCAGCGAAGAAGAGGACGAGGAGGACGAGGAGGAGGAAGACUUCCCUGAGGAUGAGGAGUACUUUGAUGAAGAGGAGGAAGAGGACGAGGAGGAGGAAGAAUUUGAUGAUGAGGAGGAAGAGUUUGAAGAGGAGGAGCUGGACGAGGAAGAUGACGAGUUUGAUGAAGGCCUGACGGAGGAGGAGGAGGAAGAGGAAGGCCUGACGGAGGAGGAGGAGGAGGAGGGGCUGCCCCCCACGUUGCCCCACAGGAGCGCCGAAGAGCCCCCAGAGCUGUUGCCGGUGAAAGAUGAGCCCCCCAAACUGGAGGGGGAGGAGGAGGGGGCUGGGCUCAUCAUGGAGGUGGAGGAGGAAGUCUUCCACCCACUUGAGGAAGAGGAGGAGGAGGAGGAGGAAGAGGGAGGCAGGACUGAGGUGGGCGUGCUGAUGAUGAAGACAGAAGAACAAGCCUUGCCUCCACUGGAAGAGCUGCCACCAGCACAGCCACCCCCCCCGGGCACCGAAUCCGCCCCCCCGUUGCCCCCACAGGAGGCGCCGCCGCCACCAGCCGCCGUGAAGCAGGAGGAGGAGGGGGAGGGCUCUGUGGAACGGGUAGCCGCAGCUGCCGCCGCUGAUGGGCCCUCGUCCACUUCUACUCCGAGAGAGGAGGAGGAGGAGGUGGUGGUACACGAAGGGGGCCGUGGAGACCCAGGGGAGUUGGACCCAGAGGCUGGGAGCGUGCAAGACGAGUUGGAGGAGCAGUCACUGCCACAAGGCGAGGAGCAGGCCCCAGAAGUAGACGAGACGGAAGCCAUGUUGGCUGACUUUGUGGACUGCCCACCGGAUGAGGAGAAGGCACCAUCUGAACCCAGUUCCUGAUGGUUCUGCACCUUCGUGAUCAAAGGGAGAGGCAGUGUGGGGCUGGGCAGGGCAGAGCUGGGGUUCCCCCCUUUCCCCAUCACUGCCCUCUGGACUGAACAGCCUGUUCUUCUCUUUCAUUUUUUGUAUGUGUAUUUUGCUGGGGAGCGACUUUUUUUUUGCACACAUUAAAAGGUUCAAUAAAGUUUCUUGCUUUUAA